AUGGUUUUCGUCUGUCGCGUACUAGAUACUAUACUGCGUACUACUACAGGGACCAUAAAUACUGAUCUACUGCUGGUUCAUACUGAUCUACUGCUGGUUCCUACUGAUCUACUGCUGGUUCCUACUGAUCUACUGCUGGUUCAUACUGAUCUACUGCUGGUUCCUACUGAUCUACUGCUGGUUCCUACUGAUCUACUGCUGGUUCAUACUGAUCUACUGCUGGUUCCUACUGAUCUACUGCUGGUUCAUACUGAUCUACUGCUGGUUCAUACUGAUCUACUGCUGGUUCCUACUGAUCUACUGCUGGUUCCUACUGAUCUACUGCUGGUUCAUACUGAUCUACUGCUGGUUCAUACUGAUCUACUGCUGGUAAAUACUGAUCUACUGCUGGUUCCUACUGAUCUACUGCUGGUUCCUACUGAUCUACUGCUGGUUCAUACUGAUCUACUGCUGGUUCAUACUGAUCUACUGCUGGUUCCUACUGAUCUACUGCUGGUUCCUACUGAUCUACUGCUGGUUCAUACUGAUCUACUGCUGGUUCAUACUGAUCUACUGCUGGUAAAUACUGAUCUACUGCUGGUAAAUACUGAUCUACUGCUGGUUCAUACUGAUCUGCUGGUAAAUACUGAUCUACUGCUGGUAAAUACUGAUCUACUGCUGGUUCAUACUGAUCUACUGCUGGUAAAUACUGAUCUACUGCUGGUAAAUACUGAUCUGCUGGUAAAUACUGAUCUACUGCUGGUUCAUACUGAUCUACUGCUGGUAAAUACUGAUCUACUGCUGGCAAAUACUGAUCUACUGCUGAUGCCAUGCCCUGUUAAUUCAGUGUCUCUUAACUCUGGAACAAAGCUUCCUCUGUUAGGUCUGGGCACAUACAAGCUGCAGAGCUAUGAAGAGUUGUACAGUUCUGUCAGUGCUGCACUUCAUGCUGGGUAUCGUGCAUUCGAUACAGCUGCAGUUUACGGCAAUGAAGCUCUUCUAGGGCAAGUUAUCAGGGAGCUGCUACACAAAUACAACCUUGUGCGUUCAGAUGUGUAUCUUAUCAGCAAGCUUGCACCAGAAGACCAGGGUUCCAGAGCCAAAGAUGGUUGCUUGAAAAGUCUGGAGCAGUUGGGUUGUGAGUAUAUAGACCUUUACCUAGUGCACUGGCCUGGAACUGCUGGUCUGGAGCCAGAUGAUUUACAUCAUGCAAAGAAUCGAGCACAGAGCUGGACUGUCUUGGAGGAAUUUCAUGCUAGUGGGCAGUUCAAGGCUAUAGGAGUCUCUAAUUACACAGCAAGGCACCUCACAGAGCUGCUAGACAGCUGUCGUGUAACCCCGGCCGUCUUGCAAAUGGAGUGUCAUCCUAAACUUUGUCAAGAGGAGCUGAGGGAUAUAUGCAAAGAAGCAGGAGUUCACUUCCAGGCAUAUUCAUCACUUGGAAAUGGUGCACUCCUGAAGGAGCCUGAAGUAAUGAGUGUGGCUGAGAACUGUGGUCGAACCCCAUCACGGAUACUACUAAGAUGGGCCGUCCAGCAGGGCAUUUCUGUUUUACCCCGAUCAUCAAAUCCUCAAAGAGUUCAGGACAAUGGCAGAAUCUUUGACUUUAAACUAAGCGAAAUAGAAAUAGAGAGACUCUGUGCUCUGAACUCUAACACAAGGUAUUGAAAUAGAGAUUCAACCUGUAUUGCUUAAUUGUCAUGAUUUCAAAUUCAGUGCGGUGGCUCGGUGGGUAGCACUGUCAUCUCACAGCAAGAAGGUCCUGGGUUCGAUUCCCAGGUGGAGCGGUCCGGGUCCUUUCUGUGUGGAGUUUGCAUGUUCUCUCCGUGUCUGCAUGGGUUUCCUCCGGGAGCUCCAGUUUCCUCCCACAGUCCAAAGACAUACAGUGAGGUGAAUUGGAGAUACAAAAUUGCCCAUGACUGUGUUUGAUAUUGAACUUGAACUGAUAUGAAUCUUGUGUAAUGAGUAACUACCUGUUCUGGCAUAACUGUAACCGUGUGUAAAACAUGACAUUUA